AUGCUCCUUGCUUACCUCAGCCUAAUCAUCUGCUUUCAAGUGGCGGCGUUUGGGCAGCAGCCGCCGAGUAGCAUCCACUUUCCGGCGAGGGAGCUCGACUCCAUCCUUCAAGGCUAUGUAUUUAGGGCUUUUAUCCGGCCGAGGACCGGCAUUGUCUACGACGGCGCCGCGCCGUCCGAUCUCACCGGAAUCCGCGUGGCGGCGCUGCGGCUGAGGAGCGGGAGCCUCCGGCGGAGAGGUUUUGCCAGGUUUAAGGAGUUCGACAUCCCGGCCGGCGUCAUCGAGCAGCCGUACGUCGAGAGACUCGUGUUGGUGUACCACGAUUUGGGCAAUUGGUCCUCACUGUACUACCCCUUGCCGGGAUACACCUUCCUGGCGCCGGUUUUGGGGCUCCUGGCGUACGACGCCGCCGAUUUGUCCGCCGUGGAUCUGCCGGAGCUCGACAUUCGGGCCUCGGGGAAUCCAAUUUCUGUCGGGUUCCGCAGUAUCGGGCCGGGCCCUAAUCUCAGGCCCACGUGCGUGCACUUUGGCUUGGAUGGAAAUGUGGUUUUCGACCGUUUCGUGAACGGCACUUGCUUGGUUUCCAAUCAGGGGCAUUUCUCGGUUGUGGUGCGGUCCGCGCUUGCACCGGCGGCUGCUCCGGGCCCCUCCGCCGACGGCGGAGGCGGCGGAAUGGCGGAGGGCGGAGAGGUUAAUUGGAAGAGAGUGUGGAUAAUUGUUGGUUCUGUGGUUGGAGGUGCUUUGUUCUUGGUUGUUUUGGUUAGUCUUUUAUGUUAUGUGGGGAAGUAUAGUCGCCGGAAAACGAUCGGGCGGAUGGAGGAGGCGGCGGAAUUCGGGGUGCCGCUGCCGAUGGCGAGCGUGGGGCCCACGAAGGCACCCGUAGCCAUGGAGACACGGACAAGGCCGAUGCUCGAGAACGAGUUUGUGCCAUGA